AAGAAGUCGAUCAAAAAAUUGCUGAUAGCAAACAUGGCGUCGUCGCCAAUUUCUGGCUGACUUCUUUUUUGUUAUUAAAGCGAAUGCAGAAAAAGUUGCAAUAAAUUGUGUGAAAUGUGAAAUAUGUUAAGUGCAAUCGAAGAGUGCGCAUUGUAGCAACAAGCAGCAGAGCAAAGAGCAGGCUUCAGAGAUGGCUGCGGCUGCUGCAGCAGUGCCAGCUGCAAACACAACAACGACAACAACACCUGCAAAUGCACCUGCAAUCGGAGCGAGCGCCAGCUCGGCGCAGUUUCGUGAAAUACAUAAAAAUACGUGGUUGAAAAGACUGACGGCCGAUGGUAAAAAGUUAACCGUGGGUCCCAAGAAAUCGGAAUGCAGUUGGGUGGUGUUCUGCGUGCAUGAUGACACCGAGGCCCUCCUGGAGGGCUAUGCGGAGCCGCGACAGGCGGCCGCUCAUAUACCUGAGUGGGCCGUGUCGCUGCGGGAUACGCUGCACAUAUCACAUGCCCUCAUACCCAAUUCCCAUGAGUUUGAAUUUGUUGUGACGCUCAGCAAUGAAGUGUUGCGCUUUCAUGCCGUUUCAUGGGAGAUUAUGCAAGAAUGGGUGGAAACGCUACGAGCUAAGUUGCGCGAAAUGAAAAUUCUAUCGCCUCGUGAAAACCUAUACACAAAGUUACCUGAAGUGCGAGCCCCAUUGCUGCCCACACGUGAUCCAACAUCUCCGUUGCCGGCACCACCGCCCGUACCAGCGGCCAUAGUGCCAGGGGUCGAGCGUAUUCCGGCUCAUCAGCAUCCGCCGGCAACCAUUGGCAAUGAACAGACAGCCAGACCGGUGGCACCAGUCAUAGAAGCUGCUCCAGCACCCGCUGUAGCCGUAACAGCUCCAUCUGCAGCUGCAGCAGCGCCACCGCCAGCAAUGUCGAAUACCCUAACACAACAUUUGCUUAAUAUGCUUUCGGAUCCCAUCAGCACGUACAGCGAACAAAUUAGCGAAACAGCAUCAACAGCAGCUGCUGUUGAGGAUGAAGAGGAGGAAGAGGAGCAGCAGCAUGCAAUUAUAGUGGAACCCCCAAGCGCAACCACAGCGGAUUCGAGUCUUUCCGAAGAUGAGUUCUUAACACCCAUACUACGAAACGGUGUGCGAGUCGAUGUUGCAGCUUCAUCUGCACAGCGCAUAUCUGCGGAUCAAAUAUUAAAUUUUGAACAAAUGCAAUGUGAACGUCUAAUACCCAGACCCCAAACAUCGCGUUCCAUGUCAGCGGGCGCCGCUGACAAAACCAAGAGGUCGCAACGCCAAUCACCGCAGCCAAAGCUUCAAGCUUCAGCCACAAAUUCAACUGCCGUCGAGGAGAAUGGAGAGAACAAUGUAACGAUUAUACAGGUGUCCAAUACGACAAAUGCUACGAAUACGAAUACGACGCAAGCGCCCGAACUGCCGCCCAAAAAUAAAGUAAUAGCGGAUAUUUUUCGUUUUCCUGAAAUCAGUUUGAAAGCCAAAACGAAAUCGCAGCCACAGAACGAUUACAAAAGCAAUGUACAAAUAAUUCCGUCCAAUUCGAAUACAAUACAAGUGCUCAGCCAGCCGAGCAGCAGCAAUAGCAGUGGCAAUCCCUAUACCAUACCCUUAAAACCGAAUGCUUCCAAUCCGAAUGCGCCAACGUCGAAUGCUUCCACGGCAACAGCGAAUGCCAAUACGACAACGGUGCAAGUGCUGGCCGAUGGUGAGGCCACCACGGUGGCAGUUUAUGGCACCUGUUACCCCACCACAGCGGGCGGAAGUGGUGCGAGUAAGCCAGUCACCCCGAAGAUGAGCAAGAAGAUCAUACUGAGCGCUAACAGCUCGGGAAUCACAAACAUACGCAUCAACAAUGAGCAGGCGCAGGAGUCGAAUGUGAUCAGCGGCAACGUGCACUAUGAGAAGGUAUUCCUCUCGUCGAGCAUACCCAUCAGUAGCAACAGCAGCAGCAGCAGUCCAACGGCUGUGCGCCCCACGAGUAGCCAAGGCCAGGCUAGCAAUGCAGUGGUCAAUGUGGAGGCGACACCCGUGAACGGCAGUCCCGCUUUGCCACGUCGCGGCGUAGCCAUUGCCUCGCCCACGCCCAGCAAUGGACGCGCCCGUCCACAGCUGACGCGCGGCCUCACCGAGCUGGUCAUUAGCACGCGACCCAGUCGCCGGGACUUUCACUAUCUAAAGCUACUUAAUACGCCGCUCAAGACGAAGACAACGCCAAAGGCAUCGAGCACGACCACGAGCAAUGCCAACAAUAAUAUAGAACAGAGUGCUGCCAACACCAGCUCCAGCUCCGGUGCCAGCAAUGCAACACGGGAUGCGGCCAGCAAUAUAUCCGGCGGCACCAAUACGGACAGCAUUGAGCAGCGCAGGCGCAGCUCCUCCACAUCGGAUGCUCAAGCGCCGCUGCAGCGUGGCGCCACAGUCGGUGCAAGCACGCAGCAGAGCAGCCAGCGCGGCGCCAACAACAAUGAGUUUGUGUCAGGACGCAGUGCAGCAGCUGCAGGCGCAUUCCGCAUGCAAUCUCCGCCACAGGCUGCAGCCAGCCAGUCCAACAGCAGCAAUAAGCGACUCACGUUAAGGGAGCAGCAGGUGAUGCAGUUGCGACGUGAGAUCAUGCAUCCAGGUGGCGUGCGACUCAAUCUGCGGCGCAAGGAUUGUGUUGGCUCCAUUGCCUGGGUGGAUGCCUUCGGUGGUGUCUGGAUUGCGGGCUGGAAGCAGAAGGAGCAUCCGGUGCUCUAUAACGCCCUUCACAUUGGCGAUCAGCUGCUCUCCAUUGCGGGCGUCAGCAUCAGCAGCGCCGCCGAGGCAAAUAAAAUAAUACGCAAUACCAACACGUUAUUCGUUGAAGUGCUGCUGCGUCGCAUACCGUUUGGUCGCGCCUAUGCCAUACGCCGGGAUCGCGAUGGUCAGUGCUUGGGACUUAUACGUGAUGGUAAUACCUCAACAAUUGUGGAUGUGGUGCCGAACAGUUUGGCGGCACGGCAUGGACUGCCACCCAAGGCUCAAUCGUGCGAUGGCAGCACGUUGACCUUUUGGAUACUGACGGAGAUUAACGGUCGACCGUUGAAUCUGUUUUUCAAGGAUUUGGAGAUACGCGAUCGCCUCAAUUCGGUGGGCAGGGAUAUUUCGAUACUGGUGCAACCGUCGGAUUUGAUAACCAAAUUGAAAAAGCAACUGAAAUCGUUGCGCGGCUACAAGGAUUAUCUAGUACAGUAAAAUGUCGGCUACAGCCUCACUUCAAAAGUGGUCGGCUUUUAAAUAGGUACACAUAUACAUAUAUAGGAAGAUAUAUAGCAAUGUAGUAACUCAAAACUGUUAUACUAUGUUAUACGUGUAUAUUUUUGUAUAACACUGGGCCAGAUAACCAUUCCAUUAUUCACAUAAAAAGAAAACAAAA